AUAUCUGUCUCUGUCACUCAAACAGACAACGUGGCAUUGAGAGGAGUGGCUGCUCAGUCAUCACAGUUUUCCGAUCGCGAUGCUCACUAUGCAAUCGAUGGGUACAGAAACACAAACUAUGGAUCCUGCACACACACUACACAGCAGACCAACCCCUGGUGGAGAGUGGACCUGCUGGAUGUGUACAAAGUGACAGCUGUCACCAUCACCAACAGAGAUGAAGUUCCUGAGAGGCUUGAUGGUGCUGAGAUCCGUAUCGGUAACUCACUGGAGAACAACGGCAUAAACAACCCCAGAUGUGUUGUCAUAUCCCACAUCCCAGCAGGAAAGACCUACACCUUCCAGUGUAAUGAGAUGGAGGGUCGCUAUGUUGUUGUGGUGAUCCCUGUCAGGUUGGAAUGGCUCACUCUGUGUGAGGUGGAAGUAUUCGCCACUCCAGCCCCAGUCUCACUGACUCCAUUUGCAUCAGAGGCUAAUUUAACAGUUCCUCAAACAGACAACGUGGCAUUGAGAGGAGUGGCUGCUCAGUCAUCACAGUUUUCCGAUCGCGAUGCUCACUAUGCAAUCGAUGGGUACAGAAACACAAACUAUGGAUCCUGCACCCACACUGCACAGCAGACCAACCCCUGGUGGAGAGUGGACCUGCUGGAUGUGUACAAAGUGACAGCUGUCACCAUCACCAACAGAGAUGAAGUUCCUGAGAGGCUUGAUGGUGCUGAGAUCCGUAUCGGUAACUCACUGGAGAACAACGGCAUAAACAACCCCAUAUGUGUUGUCAUAUCCCAGAUCCCAGCAGGAAAGACCUACACCUUCCAGUGUAAUGAGAUGGAGGGUCGCUAUGUUGUUGUGGUGAUCCCUGUCAGGUCAGAAUGGCUCACUCUGUGUGAGGUGGAAGUAUUCGCCACUGUCAAAACUCCAGAGCCUUCCACAGAAGCCACCAAGUCAAAGAGAACGGUGGUGAGGAUGAAGAUCCAAUCAGAUGCUGAUCUGACAGACCAGGCGGUCAGUGACCAGCUCCUACAGCAGCUGCAUGUAGAGCUCGUGAAGCAGGGGGUGUCUGACUUUCAACUGCACUGGAGGACUCAGCCAGAUGGACAGAUUUUCCACCGUGUGGAAGAAGAGAAGGAGUGUGGACCCUCACAGACAGAUCCAUGGAGUGGAGUAGGAGAGCUGUCCCUGUCUCUGGUGAGAACUAAAUACCUACAAGGGCCAAGCAAAGUCAUUGAUGGAAACUGCAAAUCUGACUCUAACAGUGGUGGAUCCUGCAGCAGCACUGAGUUUAACACCAACCCCUGGUGGAGAGUGGACCUGCUGUAUGUGUACAGAGUGACAGCUGUCAGCAUCACCAACAGAGGAGACUGCUGUCCUGAGAGGCUGAAUGAUGCUGAGAUCCGCAUCGGUAACUCACUGGAGAACAAUGGCAUCAACAACCCCAGAUGUGUUGUCAUCUCCCACAUCCCAGCAGGAGAGACCCACACCUUCCAAUCUAAUGAGAUGGAGGGUCGCUAUGUUGUGGUCAUCCCUGGACAGAACAAGAUUCUCACUGACCAGAUGGACAGAUUUUCCAGCGUGAGGAAGAAGAGAAGGAGGGUGGACCCUCACAGACAGGUGUCUGUGGACCUGAAGAGGGCUAGCCUGCCAGGCAGCGGAGGAACCACUCUGGCCAAGCAGGUGCUCUGGGAUAUGCGUAAAAAGCUCAGAUGUGCUGUUCUAACAGGCCCUACCUCAGACAUCACCGCUAUCGCCAAGCAGGUGAUUCACCUUUUCACUGCAGGCGGUCAAGGCCACCAGAACACUGUGCUCUUACUGCUGGAAGAUGUGUUUAUUCAGAAGAAUCUGCAGGAUGCCAUCAUCAAAGACAUUACAGACCGAAACAUUACAACCCACAUGCCUGUGGUCAUCAUUUUAAACUGUGUGCGAAAGGCAGUUAUCAAACAAGAGGACCAUAACAACUCAAGACAUACUAUUCUCAGGAUGGAACUUUCUGAAGCAGAGAAACAACAGUUUGAGGAGAAACAGAUUGAGAUCAAUCCCAUUUAUGGAGGUCCUUCCUUUGAGCGGCGAAUGGAGCCCUUCACUCAUCUGAUAGUGACAUUCCCUACAAGACAGGGACAAGACAAACAUGUCCGCAUGGCUCACUCACUGAUUGCACAGCAGUGUGUUAAGGUCCUUACCAUGGAAAUAUCAGCUGACUCCUUCAUAUCAAUCGGACAGAAAAAGCUCUUCAAGUACAAGCCACUCAUCAUCAGCCUCAGGGAUGAGGUGGAGAGGAAAUGCCAGAACUCUGUGGACCACCACCAGGCAGCCCUGAUCCAGAGUGAGCCAGGUGAAGCACAUCUGGAUGAGCUCCUGGCCAAAACAGUCUUCACUGACGAGGGCUACAAGGAAGUACUGGCCAAAAACACCAGAUACGAUCAGAUGAGGGAACUCUGCAUAGGACCUCUGAAAGCAAGCGGCAUCAAAGAUAUUUUCUUUAAGAUCCUGGAGAAAUCCAUGGAGUGGAGUAGGAGAGCUGUCCCUGUCUCUGACAACGUGGCACUGAGAGGAGUGGCUGCUCAGUCAUCCCUUAUUAAUUGGGCCUAUAGUCCAAGUAAAGUCAUCGAUGGAAACCGCAACUCUAACUAUAACUAUGGUGGAUCCUGCAGCAGCACUGAGUUUAACACCAACCCCUGGUGGAGAGUGGACCUGCUGGAUGUGUACAGAGUGACAGGUGUCAGCAUCACCAACAGAGGAGACUGCUGUUCUGAGCGGCUGAAUGGUGCUGAGAUCCGCAUCGGUGACUCACUGGAGAACAACGGCAUCAACAACCCCAGAUGUGUUGUCAUCUCCCACAUCCCAGCAGGAGAGACCAACACGUUCCAGUGUAAUGAGAUGGACGGUCGCUAUGUUGUUGUGGUCAUCCCUGGACAGAACAAGAUUCUUACUCUGUGUGAGGUGUAGGUAUAUGGCACUCCAGCAGGCACUGGUGUAAAUGUCGCUUUGAAAGGAGUGGCCAGCCAGUCGUCACUGAAUGGGUAUGGCAAUGCUCACAAUGCCAUUGAUGGGAACAGAGAAUCAAACUAUCCCCUAGGAUCCUGCACCCACACUCAACAGGAGACCAACCCCUGGUGGAGAGUGGACCUGCUGGAUGUGUACAGAGUGACUGCUGUCAGCAUCACCAACAGAGGAGAUAUUAGUCCUGAGAGGCUUGAUGGUGCUGAGAUCCGCAUCGGUAACUCUAACUGGUAA